UUUUUAUUGCUGCAACUGAUACGACGACUGUCUCAAUCGUUUGGACGAUGACGGCACUAAUGAAAGCGCCCAUCGUGAUGAAAAAAGUGCAAGCAGAAAUCAGAAAUUUGAUAGGUGAAAAGGGUAAAUUAGAUGAAGGUGAUUUGCCCAACCUUCCCUAUUUGACAGCAGUGAUUAAGGAGACAUUGAGGUUGUACCCUCCAGCUCCACUGCUUGUACCAAGACAAACAAUAGAAAAAUGCACUCUAGAGGGAUACGAGAUUCAACCUAAUACGGUGGUUUUUGUUAACGUGUGGGCGGUUGCAAGAGAUCCGAAGUACUGGGAAAAUCCAGACGAGUUCAUGCCUGAGAGGUUCUUGAAUAGCAAUAUUCAUGAUAUCACGGGGCAAGACUUCAGGGCGAUCCCAUUUGGAUCAGGACGAAGAAUUUGCCCUGGGAUGUCUAUGGGACUUGCAAACGUGGAGCUCACGGUUGCAAGUCUUCUCUACAAUUUCGACUGGGAAAUGCCUGAAGGGAUCAAAGCUCAAGAUAUCGAUACUGAUACCGUACCUGGAAUCACUAUGCAUAAGAAAAACCCUCUCAUCCUUGUAGCUAGAGACUACGUUGCUUAGUUUGAAGCCUCUUUUUUAAAAAAGAGGAUUAAUAAGGUUUUUUCAUUUUCCCCUGCGAUGACUCAAAUUCUCAACUAUUACGAUUGAAGGAGAAGCUUCUUACCAAAUGAGCUA